AUGACGCCAAGCACCGAGAAGGACGGAUGGGGGCUGAUCCGGAUGCACUUUCACUCCAGUGUCUGCGAUAUGCAGGAGAAGUUUCGCGACGCCAUCUACGAGUUUGACACCAUUGUCGUGUCGACCACGAAGCUUCUCAACUUCGCCAACGCUCUCGGCAUCCCUGUCCACGCGACGACCCAAACCGUUGCCAAGCUCGGUCCCACCGUCCCGUCUCUCGCCUCUCUCCUCCCCAAGACGCCACUCGACAAGACCAAGUUUAGCAUGCUCGUGCCCCAGCUCGCCGCCUCCCUGCCACCCGCCUCCCGUAUCGCCCUCGUCGGCAUCGAGUCCCACAUCUGCAUCACCCAGACAGCCCUCGACCUGCGCGACGCCGGCCACACCCCCUACGUCAUCGCCGACGCCGUCAGCAGCUGCAACAGGGGCGAGGUUGUCGUCGCUCUCGACCGUCUGCGCGCCGAGCCUGGCAUCGUCGUCACCACGUCCGAGAGUUGGAUGUUCGAGUGCCUGGGGGACGCCUCCUAUCCAGCCUUCAAGUCCAUGUUUGGCGUUGUCAAGGGAGCCGUGGCCGACACCAAGAGGGCCCUGGAAGCCCUCCCGCCGGCCUCCAAGAUCCUCUCCUUCACCGUAGUACGCAUCCAAGCUCGUGUCGAAGUCCUCGUCGAGGUCCACGUCAAGGCGCUGCUUUGGUCGUGA